AAUUCCCAGGCAUCAUCAUCUAAUCUAGACACCCAAUUGGCUGCAAAACCCAAAAGCCUGCUCCACAAGUAUCCUCUCUACACACCCACCCGCACUAAACUCUCCCUCCAAUUCAAAGAGAAAAUCCUCUGCCUUGAAAUCAUGCGAGUUGAUGCAGGCAAAGCCCUCUCCGAAAACCCUAAUCUCCGCUCCGCGACUCUCGACUCCAUCCGCUCCGUCAUCUCCUUCCUCCACUCCAAAGGCAUCCACCAAAAGGACCUGGCCAAGAUCUUUGGGAUGUGCCCCAACAUCCUCACCUCCAGCAUCAAGUCCGACCUCAACCCGGUUUUCGUCUUCCUCUCUGAAGACCUUAAAGUCCCGGAUAACAACUUCCGAAAGGUCAUCAACAAGUGCCCUAGAUUGCUUGCCUCAAGUGUGAAAAGCCAGCUCAAAACCGGCCCUCUCUUACCUCCAAGGACAUGGAGGUUGUGGAGAGGGGAGUGGAAGUGCCUUUGCCAUUGAUGCUUAAGAGCACAGAUGAGGAGUUUAGGGACUUGCUCAGGGAAUUAGGGGGUGGAUCAGAUGAGCAUUGAGCACAGCUCGUUGUACAAGGUUAUCCAAGAUGUAUAGUUUCUUCUAAGCUUGUAAAUCGUUUAGUUAAGAGCGCAUUUAUCAUGCACCCGA